AUCAUUAGCAUAACUUGAUCCUUCAUAUACGCAGGGAGUCACAAGGCGCACUCUACCUCUCAGCUUCGCUAGCUGUCGCAAACACAUCCUUCUGGUGCAAGAGAGCAAGAGCUCGCUGCUGCUGCGACGCCAUGGCGGAGGUGGCAGGGAUGAUUGCGAGUGCGGUGGGGAAUCAAGUCGCUAGCAAGCUGGGCGAGCUCGUGAAAGACGAGAUCGCUCUGCUGUGGGGAUUUGAGGACGAUGUUGAGGGCCUGAGGGAGAAGAUGGAAGAUCUCCAGGCCUUGCUGCUUGACGCUGAUGAGAGGAUGCGCCGAGGAGAAAUACAAGGAAAAGCUGUCAGUCUAUGGCUGGCCAAGUUCAAGGACGUGGCCUAUGACGUCGAGGACGUGCUGGAUGACUUGGACGCUACCGCGCUCGUCGAGAAAACCCAGUCAAAGGUCAAGUUAUUCUGUUGUGGGAGCGAUCAGCUGCUCCAACAGUCGACCAUAGCCCACAGUAUGAAGACCGUGAGGGAGAAAAUACUCAAAAUAGAAAUGGACGGCCAGAAACUUAAUCUUGUGCCUCAUGCGGCAAUGGCAGAAGGGAGCCGGGACAAGGAAACAUGUGCAGCCAGCAUUAGUGGCAUGACAACUGGAAUGGUGGGGAGGGACAUGGAGAAGGACAAGAUAAUCAGCCUGCUAUUGACAAGUGAAGCUAAUGAAGAUAUCUCCAUCGUUCCAAUUAUUGGGCUUGGUGGUCUAGGGAAGUCAACAUUGGCUGAAUCAAUUUGGGCAGAUGAGAGGGUCAAUGUCUUUGAUGUCCGAAUCUGGGUUCAUGUGUCUGAGCAGUUUGAUUUGCACAAAAUUGGGAGUGCCAUCAUGAAACAUAUAAAUGGUAGUUUCAACCUUGGUUACUGUACUUUGCAAUUUUUACAUGACAAUCUGAAGAAAGAACUAUCUGCUACAAGAUACUUGAUUGUUCUAGAUGAUCUCUGGGAAGAAGAUGGAAAUAGACUGGAAGAAUUGAAGCGGAUGUUGCAAUAUGGCUGCAAGGGUAGCAGGAUUGUAGUAACUACGCGAAACCAAAGCGUAGUGGAAGCACUAAGCUCUGGUUUUCUGGCAAAAGAGCAUAAAAUGUGCGUUGUGCCUGAGUCCGACCAAAUCAGUUUGUGUCUUUUAUCACCUGGUGACUGCUGGGAAGUAAUGAAGCAAAGGGCACUUGGACCUGGUGAUGACCAAAGUGGUUUGCAAGAAAUUGGAAGGGAAAUUGCAGCAAAGUGUGGAGGGUUACCAAUUGUGGCAAAUGCUCUUGGUCAAAUAAUGUUUGAGCGAAGGACUGUCGAGGCAUGGGAAAAUAUAAGAGACACCAAAGUUGACUUGGGUUUGAGAGAAGAACAUCAAAGCAAGGCAUUAGAACGUCUAAUGCUUAGCUACUGCUACAUGAAGCUUGAGUUUAAAAUGUGUUUCACAUAUUUGGCGGUCUUCCCCAAGGGUUCCGUGAUGGACCAGCACCAUCUAAUCCAGCAAUGGACCGCUCUCGGAUACAUUAAGGCACAUGAUGAUGGUGAAAGGUGUAUCAACUAUCUUCUCGGGAUGUCAUUUAUUCAUAUUUCACGGUCAUCCUCGUAUUUACUUUUCCAGGUUGAUCCAGGUCCAAUGCAUGCAAAAACUUCUCAGAAGUUCACCAUGCAUGAUUUGGUGCAUGAUCUUGCAUCAGUAAUUACUUCCAAAGAGUUCCUCAUUUUGGACGCUGAUGCUACCGAACCAAGGGGCUGGAAUAGAGCUCGUUAUUGCCGGCAUGCACGAUUGAUCAACUACCAAAAUCAAACCACAGUUUUCAAAGACCUGCCAAUCACAGCUAGAACCAUCCAUUUUAGGUAUUCAGGAAAAUUGCAACUUCCCAAAAUGGCAUUUUCUCGAUCCAAGUACAUACGUGUGCUGGAUUUAAGUGGGCAUUCAGUUGGAAGGCAAUCUACUUCAAGCAACUUAGACCUUCAUGGAAGUUCAGUUGAGGGGCAAUCCACUUCCAGCAACGUGGUACUGCCAUCGUCCAUUCAUAAAUCGAAGCUGCUUAGGUACCUUGAUGCCACAUCCUUGCCAAUUACAUCGCUUCCAAAGUCUUUCCACACACUAAAACACAUGCAAACUUUAAUUCUAUCCAAAUGUGCACUUGAAACAUUGCCUGACACUAUCUGUAGCCUCAACAAGCUUUGCUAUCUGGAUCUAUCUGGUAAUGUCAGCCUUACUAAGCUCCCGGCGUCACUUGGGAAGCUCUCCAAACUCUCUUUCAUCAACUUAUUGGGGUGUUCCGUGCUCCAAGAGUUACCCGAGUCCAUCUACGAGCUAACUUGUUUACGUCACCUAGACAUGUCUGAGUGUUGUACCAUUAAAAAGUUACCUGAUAAAUUUGGCACCCUUUUGAAACUCAUAUUCCUAAACUUGUCUGGUUGUUCCAAGAUAACCAAUCUACCUGACAAUCUUAGACUCCAGUCUUUGGAGCAUAUGAACCUAUCAAAUUGCCAUGAGCUAGAAAACCUGCCAAAAGAUUUUGGCAACCUUCAAAGGCUUAGGUUCUUGAGCCUUUCUGAUUGCUACAAGGUUUCAUUGCUGCCAGAAUCAUUUUGCCAACUUAUUCAUCUAAAGUUCUUAGAUCUUUCUGACUGCCAUGAGCUCAUGGAACUCCCUGAAUGUUUUGGUCACCUUUUUGAGCUUGACUCUUUGAACCUAACAAGUUGUUGCAAGCUGCAAGUACUGCCCGAGUCAUUCUGCAAAUUGUCUAAGCUGAGGUGUCUCAAUUUGUCUUAUUGUAUGAGGCUUGAUAAGCUCCCACCUUCGUUCGGUGACCUUAAGCUUCAAUCAUUGGACAUAUCUUCUACAGAAUCUCUCAAUGCCUUGCCAGAUAGCAUUGCUGAAAUGACAAGUCUCACUCGAUUUGAGGCCAUGGCAGGAGCUCCUGAUGUGAUGGCACGCGUUGAGGAAAUUAAAAAGCAUCUUAUUAUUUCAGAAGAAAUAAAGCAUGUUGUACAACAGAGAGAAAAUAAAGGAUGCAGCAGUAUAGUGGAACUUGCAGAUUUAACUUGUUAUGAGUUGGAUGUUCAAGAGCUUCAGAAUGUCAAGCAUCCAGAAGACGCGGAGAGAGCAAAGUUGCGUGAUAAAUCAGAUCUGAGGCAACUAACUCUUCACUGGGGAACCAACGGAGGCGAGGGUAAAUCUGUGUUGGAGAAGCUCACACCUCCCCGGACUCUUGAUUAUUUUUAUCUAUUCGGGUAUAUGAGCAAGGAUUUCCCUAAAUGGAUGUGUGACAUAUCUUCCUACCUCCCUUCUCUGACCUACCUCAGCCUUUGUGGUUUAGGAACAUGUGAUACUCUUCCUCCAUUUGGGCAGCUACCAAAUUUAAGAAGCAUAUGUAUGGCGAAAAUGCCCAACAUCAGGAAAAUAGGCAAGGAAUUCUUUGGGCAGGGCAGACCCUGUUUAAAAUUAAGAUCGAUAAUGUUGGAGUUGAUGGAGAAUUUAACUGAAUUGUGGACAACAAGGUCGGGUGAAGAAAAUGAAGAGUUCUUAAUUCCUAAUUUGCACUCUUUGUGUGUGUCGAACUGCCCAAAAUUGAAGUUUCUGCCAUAUCCGCCAAGAAGUAUGAUUUGGUACUUGGAAAACACUGAUGAGAUUAUUGCAGAAGGAGGAUUUGGGAAGCUUUCAUCUUCUGCACUUCCUUUUGAUAUGGUAAUAAAUAACUGCAGUUUUUCUCCAGACAAUUGGGAUAGGCUUCAUCACUUCCCCACCCUUGAAGUAUUUCAAGUUGAAUCCUGCAAGGGCUUGAGGGCAUUGCCAGAGGUCAUUAGAUGCUUCACCUCUCUAAAAAGCCUAUUUUUGAAGUCACUGAAGGAAUUGGAGUCACUACCGAAAUGGUUGGGGUGCUUCAUUUCCCUGCAACGUCUUUUCAUCAAGGAUUGUCCCAAGAUAAUAUCUCUUCCUGAAAGCAUGAAGAACCUUACUGCUCUGAAAGUGCUACAGCUGCAGGGAUGCAAAGGUUGGGAUAUAUUGCCAGAAUGGAUAGGGCUGCUCACUUCACUACAAAAAUUUCAAAUCAUCAAUUGUCCCAACCUGACAACUUUGCCUGAAAGCAUGAAGGGCCUUACUUCUUUAACAUAUCUGUAUAUAAAGAAGUGCCAAGAAUUAGCUGUGUUGCCACAAAGCCUAGGGCAGCUCAUUACCCUGCAAGACAUUUCCAUCAUCAAUUGUCCCAACCUGACAACUCUGCCUGAAAGCAUGAAGGGCCUUACUUCUUUAACAGAGCUUUGGAUAGAGGAGUGCCAAGGCCUAGCUAUGUUGCCAGAAUGCCUAGGACAGAUGAUUUCCCUGCAAAAAAUUUGCAUCAUCGAUUGCCCCAACCUGACUUUUUUGCCUGAAAGCAUGAAGGGCCUUACUUCUUUAACAGAGCUUUGGAUAGAGGAGUGCCAAGGCCUAGCUAUGUUGCCAGAAUGCCUAGGACAGAUGAUUUCCCUGCAAAAAUUUUGCAUCAUCGAUUGCCCCAACCUGACUUUUUUGCCUGAAAGCAUGAAGAAGCUUACUGCUCUCAGAGUCCUAUCUUUGAAGGAGUGCCAACGCCUACAUAUGCUGCCAGAAUGGCUACAAGAACUCACUUCCCUGGAAGAAUUUAACAUCAUGGAUUGUCCCAACCUGAUAUCUUUGCCUCAAAGCAUACAAAACCUUCCAGUCUUGAAGGAACUCUACAUUUGGGGCUGUCCGAUUCUGGUCGAGAGGUGCCAAGGGGAGGAUGCAGGCCUUAUUUCUCACAUCCCGGAAGUGACGUUACAUGUACCAGAAGAAUGAGAGGUGCUGUGCCGAGGAGACGUUGAAAUGCCAUUUGGCACAAUGACUUGAGAUGAGAAUACGAGGUUCUCAAGAGGUCGGAGCCCUUCAACCAAGCAAGUUGAGGUGUUGCCGGUCUCUACUCCAGUGCAGAGCCAAUUGGAGAUCCUCCUAAUUGAGGAGACAAAGCUUAGGUAACAUGGAUUAGUCCUCUCACAAGAUGCUUCCACAGCUUAACCUGGGCAGCAGAACGAGCUGGAUGCAAGAGCAUCUUCAGUUGGACUGUCUAGUGCCAGGUCAAAGUGGGAGGUUGCAGCAACAUUCUCUGCCUGCCCUUCUCCAGAUGGCGAUAUAGAAUCCAGGAGAUGCAACAAAAAUGAUCUGGAUCUGGACUGACUCUGCGGGAUCGCCGGUGUUUUUUUUUUCUUGUAUCCGGAGUGUCAUCUUGGCUGCGGGUUUGAUAGGCACCGGAGAAGGCAUGAAGAGGCCCACAUCUGAAAAUCCGUUCUGCAGGUAAUUAUUCAGUCCGCUCUGCAGGCUGAUAAAAGAGAUAGUCUCAGCAUCGACGCCGUCAAUGUUGUCCAGAACAUGCACUCUGAAAUCUGAAAUGUGUACUGUGCGAGGAAACGAUCAGACAGACAAGCUCAGCUGUUGUCUCUCCUCGGUUGCAGAACCAAUAUGAAAUCCUAACUGGGGAGACUGAAUUGUACAAGCUUAGGUUUGUGCAAGUCAUGGUGGUGAAUCAAGCUUUGUUAACCCAACAAAUUGUUUGCAUUGUUCUGUCGAGUUUCGAUUAGUUCUGGAAGGACAGCCCGAGGCCGAGCAACAGACCGAGCUGGCUGCGCGAGCUUCGACACGGGACGGGAAACACUCUCAUCCAGAGCUGAUAAUUGAUACGGGGAUUACAACUUCAGUUACUGUUGGUCGCAGACCAAUGUGUGAGGUUGCAGCAACGUUCACUGCCCUUAUCCAGAUGGUGCACAGCACAAGCGUCGAUCUUCCCAGUUCGCACAACAAAGAUGGAGAUGGGCCGAUAUGGAAUCCAGGAGAUGAGACAAACUGAUCUGGAUCUAGACUGACUCUGCCGGAUCACCGAUGUUUUCUCUUGUAUUCCUAGUGUCAGCUUGGCUGCGUGUGGUGUUGAUGGGCCGAUAUGGAUAGUAUUGCAGUGUUCUGUUCUGAAUGUGUAUGUCUUGGGACUAGCUACAGUGCGAGAUGAUGUGAAUGCACAAGGAAUCAUCAUAGAUGUUCUUUAUGAAAUUCUAAUUUAUAUUCUCUUCUCUGAGAGAAAAUAAUUUAUGAUCU